GACGCUAUCAAGUUACUCCUCUUCGCCUCUUCCGCUCGCCGAUUCUGAAUAGAAGGAAAAAAAAAACGAAAAUAAAAAGGCAAUACCUUCAGGAUCGUUGCCUGGAGCCGGUCACAACGCUUGUGAUCCGACUUUCACUAACUGGGCGGCAUUCCACAUUCCUUACUUGUUCACUUCAAUACCCAACCAGCACCGUGAACGUUUUCUCUACACCAAACAUAGGAAACAUCUCCAGUCUUCGUGACUUAUCAGGUGAACCACACAAGAAACAAUCGACCAACUAUCACAGUUCAGAUCUCGGUCCGUGACUGUGCCGCUCUGAUUCACAUUCUUUGACGGGCAAUCAAAUAGCGCUUGCUGAGCGAGUGCUUCUCUAGUAUUAAGCUCCUUACAGUCCUUCAAUAGAGCCUCAGUCAGCGCUCGCGCAGACCUAAACAUCGACAUAUAUAGACAGAAACAUCGACAUGCGAUCUUCAUUACUGCUAGGCUCAAUCGCCAGCUUCUUAUCCGUUGUGUCAGGCCACACAUGGGUCGAGCAGUUGAUGAACGUCGACAACAACGGCUCCUACUACGGUGCUCCAGGCUACAUACGCAGUUAUGUUAGCCGCGACAAUCCGAAUUUUGCUGACUCGGAUCUCACAUGGCUCUCGCCACAGAAUCCCCCAGGCGGCUCGCGUUUGCGAAUCAACGGUUCGGACUUUCUUUGCCAUCCAAACCAACGCCAAGCUGUCGCCAGCAAGCAGUUCCACCCACUAAAGACUCUGCCGGGCAACACCGUAGCUCUUCGAUAUCUCGAAAAUGGCCAUGUGACUCAGCCGUACAUCCAACCUGGCAAGCCCGCGAGUGGUGGCCUCGUAUAUAUAUAUGCGACGACAAAUCCUAAUCCCAAUACGAAGCUUGUUGACGUGCUUCAAUGGGGCACAAACAGUACCCUGGACCAAGGAAGACUGCUCAAUAUAAACCCGUUCGAUGACGGCCGUUGCUACCAAGUCUCCAAUGUACCGAUCUCAGUUCAGCGCCAAGCUGAGUUUCCUAACCCCAUCCAAGGCCAACCGGGCGUCAAUCACGAGCUCUGGUGCCAAAGCAACGUCAAGAUCCCGGAAGAUGCAACGGGUACGCUGACCAUGUACUGGAUCUGGCAAUGGCCCACCCAAGCCAAUGUGGACCCAGGACUGCCGGACGGCAAGGACGAAAUUUAUACGUCGUGUAUGGAUAUGACCAUUGUGAAGAACAGUGGCGUAUUAAAAAACGCGAUUGGUGGCACAUCGUUGGGCGCCUUCGAAGACAAUACACCGGCGCUCAAAAAUUUCCGUCAGCGCCUCGCCAACACUACGUUCCCGAACGACCCCAUUUACUACAGCCCUGGCUCCUCCUUCAGUUCGGGAGGUGCCUCGCUGUCCUCUGUAGCCAGUACUGGGACUCAGAGCGAUGUACCUGCACAGACUGGCCAUGCUCAGCAACCUGCUUCAAAUAGUCUUAACACUCUGCAAACGUUACCCUCUACGACAACGGCUAGAAGCACAGUAGCUUCGGUCCCCGGCGUUGUCUACGUUACUAGGACCAGGAUAGCAGUCUCCACCACCACUGUCUACGACAAUUCACCAACUGGUGUACUCAAGAGGCGCUCUGCAAAGUUCCGUCGAUAGCUGUCCUGGGACUUGGAUCGUAUCGCAGUCGUGGCCGCUGCGUUUCCAUCAUCACUGGUGAUCCUUAAUCACCAAUUCUCCAUGUACAUAUUUUUCAUGGGCGGCAGAUGUCAGGUUAGCUUUGCUCUGCUAACCAAGCGAGCUAGCACGCGCCGCAACGGUUCAUCACGGUCAUUUGUGAUAUUUGCAUUGCGAUGGAGUUUUCCCGGUCCAUACAAUUUUCUCUGCGCAACUUUCGUCUAUUGUAUCUUGUUUUUCUGCAUUUCGGUUGCAUGAGAUCAUGAGGGUACGGUGAUACCUAAGUGAUUUAGGGCGUCAAUUAUGAGUAUGGGCUGGGCAAUGUGAUGGACAGGCAACAGCAUAGAUAUUGAUACCCCCGUUAUCGGAUCAGCGGCAUCAGCUGGUGGAAAUUGUUUAUCAUUCAUCCAUGGCUUUCGCUUUGAAUUCUAG